AUGCUUCAACAUUCGCCUUCGGGCACCUGGAUGCCUGCCAGGGUGCCACAGUCGACACUGAUCCUGUCAUUCUUGCUUAUGAUGUGCUCUAUAGUCCAGUCAACGACAGGAGGGUACGACGGCAGCAUGCUUAAUGGUCUUAACAUCCUGCCUGUGUAUACCGACUACUUCAACUUGACUCCCGCAACAACAGGUCUGAACACAGCUUCUGUCUUUAUUGGUGGAUUCUUGGGGCCACUGGUGUCUGGCAUUAUAACAGACAGAUGUGGACGCCGGCCUGCGAUCCUUUACGGAUCCGUUAUCACCCUGAUCGGCAUCACCCUGCAAACGGCAGCACAGAACAUCGCAAUGUUUGUCAUCGGCAGGAUCAUCCUGGGAUUUGGCUCCGCGAUCCAAGGCAUCGCUGGCGGUGUAUAUCUCAGCGAAACCUUUCCCGCCCGCUGGAGGGCCUGGGGAGUGGGUCUGCUGAACGACUUCUACUACGUGGGCGCUCUCAUCGCCGCAGGAAUUACUCUUGGAACGAGCACGUGGGACUCAACAUGGGCAUGGCGUGCGCCAUCGCUCUUCCAAGGCAUCUGGGCUGUGCUUUGCAUCUCUAUCAUUUUCUUCACGCCAGAAUCACCGCGUUGGCUCUGCAGACAGGAGUACUACGACGAAGCACGCAUCGUCGUAGCGCAGACCAAUGCCAGCGGCGACCUUUCUGACCCUAUGGUGAUGGCAGUAUACAAGGAAAUUGUCGACACCCUUGACUGGGAGAAGAAAGAGGGCAAGACGAUGUCACCGAAAGAGAUCGUCAAGAGCCGAACCGCUCGUCGACGUCUAUUGAUCGGAGCAUCCGCUGGCCCGUUCUCGUGCGUGGUGGGAAACAUCAUCGCCUCCUACUAUCUGGGCGACGAACUUGACACCGCAGGAAUUACCGAUUCGGAUGACCAGCUCAAGGCUAACGUGGUUCUGAACGUCUGGUGCCUGCUCUGCUCGCUAGUGGGCACGCACCUGAUCGCAAGAUGGGGCCGCAAGCCGACUGCUCUCCUGACACAAUCUCUUCUCGUGAUCUGCCUCUUCAUCAUCGGCGGGCUCGCGAAACUAUACGCCGACAACCCAGAUGGCGCUUCGCAAGCAUUGAUCUACGGCAACGUGGCGGUCAUGUUCUUGUUUCAAGGCUUUUACUCGAUUGCAUGGACUCCGCUGCUCUAUCUUUACCCGAGUGAAGUCCUCAACUACAGCAUCCGCGCCAACGGUGUUGCCUUCUCCAGCUUCUCUCUCAACGCCUUCGCCACGAAGGGCAAAUCUCUAGAGGAGAUUGAUGCCUUGUUCGACGGUGAAGUACACAGCUCUGUCACUGAUAUCGAGAAGGUGCGAAAGGGCGAGACGCAGCUCGAUCUGAAGAACUUGGAGCACGAGAUUACGAUCACGACGGAGGGUGCAGGGAUGAAGAUGGAAUGA